AUGCAUGGCGCCGUUUUAUGGCAAUCUCUCGACUUCUACCCAUUGGUUCAAGUUAUGCGACAAACCAACGAGCAGUUCUCCGGCAUUCUCACAAAAAUUGGCAACGGUGAGCGGAUGUCGUCUGAGGAAAUCGAGCUUAUUGAAAGCAGGUUCCGUACGGAGGAGUGGUGUCGGCAGCAUGUCCCUCGAGGGAUCCGGUUAUUCCAUCGGAACGCUGAUGUCGAACGGUAUAACUCUGUGGCGUUGAUGGAUCGAGAGGCUGUCGAAUGUACUGCAGAUGACCUAUACUCUGGUUAUAAGGACAAUUCCCAGCUGGCCAGUGCUCGCACAAAGGUGCAUAAGAUGAGUGUAGUAGAGACUGGUGGCUUACCGUAUCUGUUGCGUCUUGUUCUUGGUACACCUUAUAUGCUGACCACCAACGUGGAUGUCGAAGAUGGCAUCGUGAACGGAGCGAUCGGAGAGCUCAUGCAUGUUGAGUACAACGAAGGAAAUCCGCAGCAACAGGCAAUCACGAGGCUUUGGAUGGCAUUCGAAAAUGAGUCCAUUGGGAAGAUGCUGGACUCAAUCGUCAAACGAUCGGCGAACGUAACCCUUAACGGUGGUGUUAAGUGCAAAAGAGUUCAGUUUCCCGUUGUAAGUGCGUGUGCCCUCACAGUCCAUAAGUCCCAGGGAGGCACAUUCUCGGAAGUCGUAUAUAAUUACGAUAAGGGUCAGGAACAGCAGCUAGUUUACGUUGGUCUUUCCAGGGUUACAUCAAUCGACGGAUUGUAUCUGACGAAUGCCAGUAACUCAUUCCGGUUCCACCACGGAAAGGGUUCUAUGACCCCUAGAAUGAACGACCUUCGGACGGAACUUGAACGUUUGAGUAACCAUCGUAUGCGCACCAUUACAGACGAUAUCAUGGAAGCUAUAACCGCAAACAGGUUGGCUUGUACGUUGAUGAGCAUCAAUGUACAAAGUUUGAAUGCACACUCGUCGGACAUUGCAACAGAUCGGGUGCUUACCGCCGUUGAUUUGCUUGCAAUGAGCGAAACUUGGCUUGACAACGGCACAACCACAAACAUCAAUGGAUACCUUUGUGUUUGUCAAGAGAAGCGUGACGGAACAAGAGCGGGAGGAGUGGCAAUAUUUGAACGUGCUGGUUCGUCAACUAUGGCCGUUUCUCACGCCAUUACGAAGCUCAAUGAAAGCUAUGACCCAGCAUUGAGUGUAGCAGACGAAUAUGGGGACUGCUGUGCUGCAGAGGUUUCGAUCAUGGAAACCCGCACGUUACUGUUUGCGGUAUAUAUUUCACCAGGCACCACCCUGAAGCAAAAGAAAUAUUUCUUAGUGCGCAACCUCAUAAAGUACACCCAUGUUGCCAUGCCCGUGGUAGUGUCGGGAGACUUUAAUAUUGAUGUGACGAAAGAGGAGAACAGAGAUUUCAUCUGGUUCAUGAAGCAGUUUCUCUAUCUGGAUUGUGCUUCGGAUCCAACUAUAGCGACUACUCUGGGUGGCACAUGUCUCGAUCUAACGUUCACCCGGAACGUAAGUGUGGAAUGCAGGAGAUACUGCACGUACUUCUCCUACCACCGGCCUAUUUUGUCGAUUCUUGCGGUGUCCCGAGAACCGAUGCCAUCCCAGUGAAGUGAAUUAACGUCACUGAUCG